AUGGGUGAGCCGUCGCCAUUGAGCAAAUUCUUCCCCCAUCUCGCGGCCAUGUCGCAACACCCUCCUCAUCCUCAACAGCAACAUCCAGGACUCGCUCACCCCGCAGCGAUGUCCCACAUGGGCGCACCCCAUCCUCACUACCCCAUGCAUCCCGCUCAUGCGCCUCAAAUGGCGUUCAGCCCGCAUCAAAUGCACAUGAUGGGCGAUCCUAGGGGACACCCCAUGGGUGCCAUCCUCCCUCUUCCUCCUUCACUCGGCCAUCCCUCUUCUCCCAGCCCUCUUCCUCCUCCCGGCCUAUCCGCCCCCCAUAUGCACGCUCCCAUCUCCAGCAGCCCUGCCUCGGCCAGUGUCCAGCACCAUCGAGCAGCGAGCCCUGCCCGCCACAGCAGCGUUGCCUCGGCUCCAUCCAGGCCCACCAGUAAUGCAUCCCCUGCUCGCAAGAAGGCCGCGCCUCAACAACAGCAGCGGGCUGCUUCGGGCGAGCGACUGCCGGACGGCGUGGAGGUGACGUACCGAAUGGAAGGACAGCAGCCUGCUUACAGUCAGCUCGAGGUGACUCCCAUCACCCUUCUCAACUCCCCACCCGUGUACCAGCGGGGCAGCCUCAUCGCCGUCAACCACAACUACAUUUGCUACGUGGUCAAGGGCAACAUGAUCCGAGUCAUCAACAUUUUUAGCGCCAAGAGAGCGCUUCUGCGCGGCCACACCAAGGGCAUCACCGACCUUCGCUUCUGCGGAGGGAACGAGGACGUUCUCGCAAGCGUGGCUGCGGACGGCCGCCUGCUUGUGUGGCGCUUCUCCGAGGAGGCCACCAGCACCCCGUCCUCGGGCGACGAGGAGGCGGGCAUCGGCCACGAACUUGUGGCGGCGGUGCGUAUGGAAGGCGACCGGUGGAGCGAGCGGAUCAUCUGGCAUCCUGUUCACUCCCACCUGUUGGCCACCGCCGGCAACGAUCAGCACGCGUAUGUGUGGGACCUCAAGCGCAUUCGGCAGCUCAAACACACUGCGGAAGACGGCAAGAACGUAUUCGUGUACGCCGGCACCGAACCCGUGGACGGUGUAAUCCGAAUUGCUGUGGGCGCGCCCAUCAACGACCUGGCCUUUGCGCCCGGGGGCGAGGCGCUCGCCACGGCCUCCAGCGAUGGCCGCGUCCAGAUCUGGUCGGCCUCCGGUGGAGCCACUCCCACCCCCAGCCUCUCCUGGCUCGCCCACGAAAACGAGGCCUGGGGUGUCGUCUACCACCAAGAGGGCAAGAUCCUCAUCACCGGCGGCCAGCACAACGCCGAGCUCUGCGUGUGGCAGCUGAGCGAGGACGAAGGCACCGAGCCCGUUCUCUUGCAGAGGAUCAAAUUCGCACCGCCGCCCAGCGGAGCGAUCUUCAACCACAUCGUUCUCGAAUCCUCGGGCAACUACCUCUUUGUGGCCAACGCCAAAUCCACCACCUUCAUGGUCCUCCACCUCCAAACGCAACCUCAGCCGAGGUUUGAUUACCUCACUGAAUUCUCCGUCGCCCAAGCCAUUCUGUCGUUCACUGUCCUCAAUCGUGGCACUUCCAAAACCGAGCCUGAAAUGGAUCUCUAUUGCUUGCAGACCAAGGCGAUCCAGAUGUACCACAUCACAUCGAAUCUGUGCUAUGCGGCUCCUUCGGCUGCCACCGCCGCACCGCCGGCUGCUGCUGCCGUCGCCUCGGCUGCUCUGCCAACCCCUCCCGGAUCAGGUGGCGCUCCCACCGUCCCAGCGACCGCUGCUACGUCGCGCUCGACCUCGCCCAGCCCGAAGGAACCGCUCGCUGCCUCACCUGCGCCCUCUCCGCCCACCUCGACAACGAGCGCCGAAUCGAGCGCUCAAGCCGCUCCUGUCGCCGAGCCUUCGCGUCCGGAAAGCCCGUCCAACGCCGUCGUCGAGCCGUCCGCUGCUGCGGCGGAGCCCACGCACGACAAACAAUCGAUUGAGAACGGACCGACGUCUCCUGCCGCGGUCGCCCCUGAACCUACGCCGGCGCCCAGCGCUCAAGACGAGCUCGCAGCGCCGCAGCCUUCCGAGGCCCAGCCCGAGCCAACGCCCGCGUCUGCGCCCGAAGAAAAGCCCAGCGCAGCGACUCCCGCCGAACCUGCGGAGAACGGGCACGCGGAGCCUGCCACGACCGAUGUCGAGGUGACCGCAAAGCCGGAGGAGCCCGAACAACCCGUGGAGAAGGGCGAGGCCGCUGGCGAAACAGAGCCUGCUGCUGAGACGUCCGCCGCCGCACCCGUUGAAGAGAAGGAGAAGGAAGCCGCGGGCGAAGGAGAAGCCGAAGCAACCCCGUCACCCGCUGACGAAGUGCCCGAGUUUCCGGUCCAGCCCGCCGAAACCGAGAGUGCUGGCGUCGAGAAUAAGGAAGAGGCUGCGGAGGCCCUCGUCGAUGAGGAACAGCCACCGAAGGCCGAGGAGCAGCCCCAACCCGAGCCCGAGGCAAAAGAGGAGCCUACCCCGGCUGCUGUCGCGACUCCUGAAACUGCUCCGACCACUGCCGAGGGCGAGAUGCCGCAGUCGCAGCUUAAGACGCCCGGCGAACUGGCCCAACCUCCUGCGCCACCGAAGAAGCCCAAGGCCGGGAAGGCCGAGGGCCGUGCCUACCAGGCGACGGGCCAAGCCGUCGCGAACGCGCAGCAGCCCCUGGCCCGCGCCCCUCCCGCUGAGGUCAGCGAGCCGACGGCAGCGCCCGUGGAGUCCACCGCUGCACCAGCGGCAGGCAAUCUCCAAGCCGAGUUGCGAAGAAUGGAGAACAGUCUGCUCAACGGCAUCAACGCGAGGAUGGAACGCGCCCUGCAGCAGCACGCCGACCGCCAGGUGGCCAAGGCCGAGAAGGAUCGGCAGGAGCGCGACAAGGCCGAGCGCGAGCGCCAGCAGCGCCUGUUGGCUGCCGUCACGCAGGCCGUCAAUGCGGGGCUCACUGGCAUUCCCCAGCAGGUCGAGAAGGCCGUGCAGAAGGAGCUCCAGACGGCGCUCGUCCCUGCUCUCGGGCGCCUGCUCACGAGCCUGGAGAAGAACCUGGCCAAGAGCCUGGCGGACGACCUCAAGCCGGUUCUCGCGCAUGGCCAGACCAACGGCACCUGGGCGCAGGACCUGCCGCCCCGCCUCGCGUCCGAGGUGGCUUCUCGGCUCCCCUCGGCGAACGACAUCGCCAAUGCUCUGCAGGGAAGCGUGCGCCAUGCCAUGGAGGCCAGCUUCCGCUCGUCGUUCCAAGAGACCAUCAUUCCCUCGUUCCAGGGAUCUUGUCAAUCCAUGUUCCAGCAGAUCUACGGCACUAUGCUGCCUGGCCUCCAGCAAACCAUUGAGGAGGCGGUCGAGCCCGGCCUGAACAAGCUGGCGACCGGCGAUCUCAGGGAGACGCUGCAGUCGCUCACGAACGCGGUCAACGAUCUGCGCGAGCUCUCCGCUCGCAACGCCGAGCUGUUCCAGACGCUCUCCCAGAGCUCGCCGAGCGCGCGGCUCGGCCUGCAGCCUCCCGGUUCGGGCCUCCCCGAGCAGCACGUCACCGAGGCUCAGCUCCUGCAGCUGCUCGAACGCGACGCCUAC